AUGCGGAGCAAGGGCGCGGCAGAGCGCCCUCAGCGGCUGUCACUGGCCGGCAAGCUCGACAUGCUGCCUGGCCUGGCGACCAUCAUCGCCGCCGCCGUCGUCUCCUUCUUCACGGGACUCGUUCGAGGACGGCGGGACGCCCCGAGCCUGUACCUCCACGUCGCCUACGCGAUCCUGCGCAAGGCCGCCCUGCGCCUGUCUCCGCUGCAGCUGCAGUAG